AUGCUUUAUAAAGUACAAUAUGCCGUUGAAACUAUAUCCUCAAAUCCUAAAUUAAUAAGAGAGUGGGUUAAGUAUUUGCCGGAAGUUAUCAAUUACCUAAAUAAUUAUCCAACUCGACUUAUUAAAGCUCCUGGGUCGAAGAAAUGGGGAUUAGCGCCUAUAAAAGCAAUUAAGUUAGAAAAGGUUGAAUCUAGACCAUCUAUGAAAUAUAAACGUCCGGUUGGAAGAGAUGAAAAAAGGUUAAAAAAGGGCGAUACAGUUCGUUACUUACUUGCCAAUGGAGAAUGGGAAGGAGGUAUGGAGAAUCAGAGACGUGCGACGGAUCCUGUAUGGAGUCCAACUUUAUUUAAAAUUGGAAAAAUUGUUGUAACAAAGAAUGAACCCGUGUUAUAUUAUAUCGAUGGCGAAUUUGCUCCAAAGCGUGGAUUUGUUCGAGAAGAACUCAUGCAUCUAACCUGCGAGCCUGAUCUACCGCCCCAGAGUAUAUUAUCGGAAAAGCAGCAUACCCGAUUAGUUCAUUCUAUCCAAGUCUCUGAAAAUAAAUUAGCCGUGCUAGGUUCGCUAAUUCAAGCUUGUGAAUACGCAAAGAAACGUAAUGGAACUUGUAUUAUAAAAACUGGUCGAAUUAAUGAUCAGGAAGUUUUUCUCUGGUAUUUGAAAAAUUCCGAUUCUUAG